UGCCACGUGGCAUACAUUUGGUCCUUGCUCCUCCAGUUUAGAAGCUCUGCAUGAUGCAGAGAGAAGAAGAGAGAGAGAGCCAGGAGUUUUGGUUUGGCGGCCAUGGCGGUAGCAACCAGCUACUGCAAGUCUUCGCCAUUUCUGGGAGAAUUCCCUCCUUUCCACUUCGGAAAAUCACAAUCCAGACAAGUUAAUUGGAGGUCAUUUCAGGCACUUAGAAUUAAUUCACUGUUUUGGGGACCCAAGAAGGCCGUGAAGCCACUAGAAACAGAUUUUUCCCUCGGGGAUUUCAUUUUGACAGGGUCAGGCUCAGAGGGAGUCUCAGAAACAAUAUCAGUUUCAGUUCUUUCUUCAAUAUCAGAUGUUGCAUCUCGCGAUUGGGAUGCAUGUGCUCUGGACGCAACAGGCCCUGAAAAAUUUAACCCAUUUCUCACUCAUGCUUUUCUUUCAAGUUUGGAGGAAACCGGUUGUGCUGUGAAGUAUCUGUACCAGGAAACAGGAUGGACACCAUGCCAUGUUAUUGCUAAGGAUAAAAGUGAAAAUAUUCUUGGUGUUGUUCCACUAUAUCUGAAAAGCCAUUCGUAUGGUGAAUUUGUAUUUGAUCAUUCUUGGACUGAUGCCUACUACAGUUUUGGAUCAAGAUACUAUCCAAAGUUGCAGUGUUGUGUACCUUUCACUCCAGUUACUGGUCCAAGAAUUUUAAUCCGUAAUACCUUAUCCAGAGAUCAAGUUUUUGAAAUUAUGGUUUCUGCUCUAAAGAAUCUGACAGCCAAGUUCCAGCUUUCUUCAUUGCAUAUUACCUUCCCAUCUGAAAAUGAGUGGCACAAAUUGAGUGAACAAGGUUUUCUACGGAGGAUUGGAAUGCAAUACCACUGGAAAAAUCGUAAUUAUAAGAGUUUUGAUGAGUUCUUGAUGGACAUGAAGCAAAGCAAAAGGAAAAACAUUCGUCAAGAACGCAAAAAGAUUUCACAGCAGAACUUGACCAUGAAACGUCUUCGAGGUUAUGAAAUAAAGGCCAGCCACUGGGAUUCCUUCUAUAGUUUCUACAGAAACACCACAAAUAACAAGUGGGGAAGCCCUUAUCUGACUAGGGAUUUCUUUCAUACCGUGGGCUCAAAGAUGGGAGAUCAGGUACUUCUUGUUGUUGCUGAAGAAGGGGAUGAGCUUGUUGCAGGAGCUCUUAAUCUAAUAGGUGGAGAUACUUUAUUCGGGCGCUUAUGGGGAUGUCAUCCACGAACAUACUAUCCGAGUUUACAUUUUGAAGCUUGCUAUUACCAGGCAAUUGAGGCAGCUAUUGAAUUUAAUCUCAACACAGUAGAGGCAGGAGCUCAGGGUGAGCAUAAGAUUCAGCGUGGUUAUCUACCCGUGACAACUUAUAGCUGCCAUUACCUCAUGAAUGAUGCCUUCAGGCAGGCCAUAGAAGAAUUUCUGGAGCGUGAAUCAUCGCAGGUUAAGUUGGUUAUGAAAAUGUUACAAGAUUCUGGCCCCUUAAAGGAAGGUAUACAUUAAAUCAUUGAUAUACAUUGUUGAAGUCCAGUCAUAUUGGUUCAUCCCAAAUCGUAGAUUCUGUUUGUGUAUUCUUGUAGCUCUCCUAUUCAUUUGCUUAAAUAUAAUCACUCUACAGUGAUAUAUUGCAAAUUAAUCAUGUACAAAAUUCCAAACAAUUUGUAAAUUUUGAAAUGUAACAACUUGCAAAAUAUCUGUGAUAACGAAAUAACUAAGCAACAAAGGAUGAAGAAUUUGUAUUCUCAUGUUCUUCAAUAUGAACCUAUCUAUCUGUUGCAUGCA